AUGUAUCGCACACCGACAACCACCGGCGGUCACCCUAAGCCGGCCACCUCCGCUAGCACCCCUUCAUCCUCAUCCGCUCCAGCGCAGGACGCUGCAUUAACCUUCAUCCGCAGACCAGACCGAAGCAGGAGGUCGCUGGACAACAUGGCCAUUUAUAAAAAACAGGAUUACGGGGCAAAGACUAAUGACGAGCUCCUUCAGGAAGUGAUGAAGACUUUUGAGGAUAUUCCCUCAAAAGUCAAAGAGUACCCUCAAAUGAAGAAGGACAUUAAGACCUUCCUGGAGGAGAGGUCAGACAAAUGUCUGCGUAUCCUUUUCGAGCUUAGCAAGCGAGUGACCGGCCUGGAAACUAAAGAACGAACACCAGCUUUAGCCAGGCCGGCCGGAAAGGAUAGUCACAUGCUUGAAAAGCUGGAGGAGGUGGAAGCACAGCUGCAAACACGGCUGAAUAAUCUAGAAGAAAAAAUGGUUUGGUGCUUCGACAGGCAAACAGAGCUACGCGACGAUGGCGGGUCCGACAUCAUCGACAAGAUCGUCGACAAAAUCGACGAGGCUAAGGCGGCCAUCAACCAGACGACGCAAGGCGUCAUGGUGGUGAGCCGCACUCAGAUAACCCUCGACGAGAAGCUCGACGGUAUUGCCGGUGAUGUCGCGGCCGCCAAAGAAACCAUACUUGAGGUCGCAAAAGAUAAGCAACCAUGCGAAACCCCCAAUAGGUCGUACGCCAGCGUUACAGCAGCUAGACCCGGGCAUCGGCCGGCCCUUCACUCCAUGGCGGUCACACUCGAAGGCAACCAGGAGACUGCCGACGAGGUGCUCGAGCGAGUGAAGAGGGCGGUCGAUGCCAGGGAAACUGGGCUCAAGAUAAAUAAGGUGCGGAAAGCGAAGAAUCAAACCAUUAUCCUUGGAUGCGACACCGAAACGGAAUUAGAAAAAGUUAAGCAAAGAAUCGAAAGCCGAGGCGAGGGCUUGAUAGUUUCAAACAUGAGGAAUAAAAACCCGCUCGUCAUCUUAAAGGAUGUAUUCAUUGACAGUGAUGACGAUGAGCUUAUAAAAGCCAUACAUGUACAGAAUACAGAAAUCUUCACAGACUUAUCACAAGAGGACACAGACAUAACAAUCAAGUACAAAAAAAGAACUAGAAAUCCAAAAACGGCACACAUUGUAGUCCAGGCAAAACCUAUUGUCUGGCGGAGGAUGGUGGAGGCUGGAGCCCUCUACCUUGACCUGCAAAGGAUCAGAGUGGAGGACCAGUCUCCGCUCAUCCAAUGCACGAGGUGCUUGGCAUUCGGGCACGGCCGGAAAUUUUGCACGGAAGGUGCGGACAGGUGCAGUCACUGCGGCGGCCCGCAUCUGCGCGAGAAAUGCGCAGACUACAUCGCAGGGAACGAACCGCAGUGCUGCAACUGCUCGCACUCGAAGUUACAGAGGACCGACCACAAUGCCUUCAGCGCUGAGUGCCCCGUCCGCCGAAAAUGGGAUUACCUGGCCCGACAGACAACGGCUUAUGUGUGACUCGCCACUCACUGGCUGCUGCACAACAUACACGAUAAUACACAAACACAUACAUACGACACACUACAACACAAACAAAAAACGAUAUAACAAAUAUAUAGUAAAUAUAUAUACUGUAUAUCGCAAACACAAACAUUCACACAACACGCACACAAACAGACCUACAACCACACCCAAAUUAGUAAAAGCAUAAGAAAAGUCAAUAAAUAUAUAUAAAAUAAGUAUAUAUAUAUUAUUACUAAAAGUUGUCUAGAAGUACAAAAGAACUAGAUUGAAAAUAAGUGAUUUAAGUAGGUAAACUAAAACUAACUUACCUAACUAAAGUUACCAAAAUGCACAAACACAGCCAAAUAGAUUAAAUAUAAAUUAAUUUAAAUAGUACAUAUUUAAGAAAUGGAACUCACAGAUUGCCAGUAGUUAUAAGUAAUACUCAUGUACCUACCUACAUAUCAUUAGAAUUAGCCAGAUAAUAGAUAACUCAGGAUUUUCAGUAUAACCGAUAUGAUUUACACAUAGGGUCAUCAAGUACCUACAUGUAUAAACCUUCAGUAACAACAACUGGCUUUCACUAAAAAUACAAUAAGUGUCAUAACACCAAAUGUCCAUCCAAAUGUCUGAAACAAAUUGUUGUUAAUUAAUUACUAAUAAGAAACUGAUAAGAUAAGAUGUCUCAGUUUAAUUAGAUAUUGUAACCGUAAACAAAAUAGAAUACCAAUGUGAGAAGUAAGUACUCAAUGUAUAAAACAAUAAGUCCACAACUUUGGCACAAUUAGGUUUAAAUAAGAUAGCAACUAGUAAGUAAACAAUUUGUAAUUAUAAUAGAUAUAAGUUAUCUAGCAAUAAGUGUAGUCAGAUAAAAAUGUCAAAAGCUCCUAGUUAAAUCAAAAAUACACUAAAUUAAUAGUUAAUAUUUUCUAUUGUAAUGGUUAGGUAUCUACAAAUUAUAUGUAAAAACUAUAAGGGUUGAUUAUUGUUAUUGGUUUUAAUGUCAAUAAAAUAUAAAACAUUACAAAAGUAAAUGUUGUGCACCUGCCAAUGUUUAUAUUUCGAAUUGUCUUAGACAUGAAUGAUACUGUCAUUGACUAAGUGAAAUGUUAGCGUGAUUUACACAUGAUUGUUUCAUGUCAUGUAAUUAAAUGUCUUUUAAAUAUUAAAUUGUAACAAAAAGCUGUAAGGCUCAUAAUGAAAUAGAUACUUAAAAACCAAAAUUAUAUUUAAUUAAAAUUGUUAACAAAAUUAGAAUGCAUUGGAAAAUAUUGUUUAGAACAUUGUAACAUGGUUGGCGGGUGAUAGACGGUGUGGGCAAAACCUAUACUUUCUGUUACUCCCUUGCUAUGUUUAUUUUGCUAGAUUUAAGGAUAAAGAAAUACCGUAUGUGAAAUAAAUAAAACUGUGCAACUUUAUUGAAAUAAAAUAAAAAACCUAAUAGCUAUGUCCCUGUAGAUAUUCAUAGGCUAUUAGCGGGAAUCCCACCCGGCCAAGACUAAAAGAUGAUGUAUGCUUGUGUAACGGAUGCGGCUUGAAAGUGCGAGAGGCAUAAAUGCGAGAACUAGUA